AUGGGAAGCGGAAUUAGUUCAGAGAGCAAGGAGUCAGCCAAAAGAUCAAAAGAACUGGAGAAAAAGCUGCAGGAAGAUGCUGAGCGAGAUGCAAGAACUGUAAAGUUGCUGUUAUUAGGAGCGGGAGAAUCUGGGAAAAGUACAAUCGUCAAACAAAUGAAGAUCAUCCAUAAGGAUGGUUACAGUGAGCAGGAAUGCAUGGAGUUCAAAGCAGUGAUUUACAGUAACACACUGCAAUCCAUCCUAGCUAUUGUGAAAGCCAUGACUACCCUUGGGAUUGAUUAUGUGAAUCCCAGAAGUGCAGAAGACCAACAACAACUUUUUGUGAUGGUGAACACUCUGCAAGAUGGUGGCAUGACACCUGAACUGGCUGAGGUGAUAAAAAGACUCUGGAGAGACCCAGGAGUUCAGGCCUGCUUUGAAAGGGCAUCUGAAUAUCACCUCAAUGACUCAGCAGCUUACUACCUUAACGAUGUAGACAGAAUCACAGCUCCUGGAUAUGUCCCAAAUGAGCAAGAUGUUUUACAUUCUCGAGUGAAAACAACUGGAAUAAUUGAAACACAAUUCUCCUUUAAAGAUCUGCAUUUCAGAAUGUUUGAUGUAGGAGGACAGAGAUCUGAGAGAAAGAAAUGGAUUCACUGCUUUGAAGGCGUUACGUGCAUUAUAUUCUGUGCUGCGCUCAGCGCCUAUGACAUGGUGCUGGUGGAAGACGAGGAAGUGAACAGAAUGCAUGAAAGCCUUCACCUGUUCAAUAGUAUCUGUAAUCACAAGUACUUUGCAACCACCUCCAUUGUCCUGUUUCUCAAUAAAAAAGAUCUCUUUCAAGAAAAAGUAACUAAAGUGCAUCUUAGUAUCUGCUUUCCAGAAUACACUGGACCAAAUACAUUUGAAGAUGCAGGGAACUACAUCAAAAACCAGUUUCUAGAUCUGAAUUUACAAAAGGAAGAUAAGGAAAUUUAUUCCCACAUGACGUGUGCUACAGAUACUCAAAAUGUCAAGUUCGUGUUUGAUGCAGUUACAGAUAUAAUCAUCAAAGAGAAUCUAAAAGACUGUGGGCUUUUCUAA